CUCAAGGCGUACACGAGCGACCCCUCGCUGAUCACCGCCAUCAUGUAGUCUCGUAAACCAUCCUCCAGUAAACUGGAGGAUGGUGCAGUUCCUGGGGUAGGUCGCAGAGUCGGCGCGGAGUUUGAAUUCGAUUUUGAGGCCAACGUCCCGCGUUCAAACCCGCUUGAAAUCAGAGGUCGCAGCGGGCGGUGGGCGGUCGGCAUCGCUCGGCACGCCCAAAAUUUCAAACUCCGCGCCCACUCCUUGACCCUGUAUAUCGGGCCAGACUACCAUCAUGCUCCGUUGGGUUUCAAGCGCUCUCUUCACCUCUCUUGGUUGCGCCAAACUCUUCGAUACCCCAACAUCCAUUCAGCACCUUCCCAACGAGAUGCUCACCGAGGUUGCUUGCUUCUUGAGCAAAGCUGAUCAGGUUGCACUUGUUCGUGUGAAUCGGCACUUCCAUGCUCUCGUCGAGCCCCUUAUAUGGCGCGAGCUCACAAGCAUUGUGCCGUUGCUACUCCUGUUGCCAGAGUACUUCGAGUUGGAGGAUGUGCCGCUGCCACCAAGGUCUCCUGCCGGUCGGACAGGGAUCGAUUUCAAGUGUCUGCGUCGGCUAUGCGACCUUUCGCCGGACAUGUGGCGCGACAUUCCUAACGUCAAGCGCCUCGCCGGACACGUCCGCAAACUGCUCCUCCACCCUUGCUCCGACUUACACUGGGACGUCAAGCACCCCACCUUUACCCAGUCAGGUCGACUCGUCAUCGACUGGACCACCUUCAAGGCCGUCGCGAAGUCAUUACAAGGCGCUCGCAACGUCCAGCUCCUCCCGAACCUCCAGUGCCUCGAGGUCAACAGCUGCUGCAUUCGCGGCCUGUCGACGCAGAUGCUCAUUCCCUUCUUCACCGGCGGUAGCGUCACCACCUUCGAGUCCCAUUGUGCGCUCUCGUGCUUCGGGCGCUGCUUGGCGCGCGGCGAGCUCAAAACAUUCGGGUAUUACGAGCCCUCUCCGGAAAUCGUGGGAUGGCCCGACCAACAAGACGCACUCCUGAUACCGGCCCUUCGAGACCUUGUGCCGAAAAUUCAUACCCUGGACGCUUUGCAUCUGCGCCUGAGCUAUGGGCAGCAACUCCUACCCUUGCUCCACCCCGCCGCGGAGACGCUCAAGGUGCUCGACAUCGAAAUCAGACGCCUCAUCGGGGCUACACCUGACUACGGCCUGGCUAGCUUGCGCGCUCUGACGGUGAGAAGGCAGAAAGCGACGUUCGUGCGCGCGCUUGCGGGAUCCCCGUAUCUGGAGCACGUCGAGCUUCAGGACGUAAUCCUCGCGAACGCAGACGGGAUGUCCAUGGCUAUGGAACGGAUUGGGACGGGUGCGCUUCGUUGUCUUCGCAUCGAGGAGAAGAUACCGCAACGGUCGGACCCGACAUGGUACAUUGAGAGGCGUCACCUCGAUGCGCUGUCCUCCUCUCAUAGUCUGAUCGAGCUUGACAUCCGCGCCUCGAGCGGGGUCUCACUGACGGACGAUGACUGGGCUACGCUCGUCCCUUCGUGGCCCUGCCUGCAGCGCUUCAGACUUCAGCUCGGUCGACGCCGCCGUUCUCGUGAUGUCGUCCUACACGUCCCGCAAGCCACACUCGCCACCCUUACUCACCUCGCUCGCUGCUGCCCCAACCUUGGGGAGCUCAGCAUUCCGCUGAAUGUGGAUGGUGUUCCACCACUCGCAAGCGAAUCCGAAGUCCGCAAGAAUUGUCUUGUCAGGCUGGACUUGGGUUAUUGCUCGGCCAUUCGCGCGGACGUGGACCCGACCCGCGUCGCAGGCUUUCUGCGCACGCUAUUCCCCGUUCUUCGCGAGCUGCAGGUCAUGGCGGCAUGCCCUGCAGAUAUAGACACCUGGGACCAGCUGAAGCAGGCGCACGUCGCAUAGCAGGCUUGUCUCGCAACGUUCUGUGUCAGACUUACCUUUGCUUUCGCUACAAAUCUGUAUUUUGUGGUAUUCCACGAUGUGCGAUAAAGAGUACGCACAAAUCGAUGAGAACCCCUUUACUAUGUCAA